AUGAAAGAGUUUGGUUUAACCCGUAACAAGCUCGCAAAGCCUUCCACGACACGAUGGGUAGAACGAAUAACUUCCCUCGAUGGUUUUCUGGAUGCAUUCGAAGUUAUCUACGAAACACUCAAUUUUAUGCAGUCUGGAGGAUCGCAGGAAGAGCCAUUUCUCAGAUCAGCUAGUGACGCACAGUCUCAUUUUCGUAACGUGGAGAAGUUUGAAUUUAUGGCUGCUCUCGUUAUCACCCAACAUGUUCUGGAUCAUACUUUGUCAUUGACAGUCCAAUUACAAAAGAAAAAAAUCGAUAUUGCGGAGUCAAUAAAACAGAUUAACCUUUUAAAGGAUGAAAUGGCAAAACUACGUGCCUCUGUAGAUUCAUUCCACAAUGAAUACUACGACAAGCUGUUAGCAUUAGCUAAUAACCUCGACGUGGCUGAGUGUUUUCCCCGGGUAUGUAAAGCUCAAACGAAACAUGAUAAUCAUCCUACCAGUACAGCAUGUGAUUACUACAGAUUAACAGUAACCAUUCCACUUAUUGAUCACGUCAUCGCGGAGAUUGAAUAUCGGUUUCCUUCAGAAAUGUGCAACCUCUACAAUGGUUUUUAUAUACUUCCUCGCAAUUUUCUUCAUUGUAAGGGAAUAAAUUGGAAGACCGAGUUCAUGAAAUUUGUGUCCGCUUAUCGCGAUGAUAUGCCUAACUUUAGGGCGAUCCAUGCAGAGUUAGAGUUGUGGGAAACCAGCUGGAAGAAAGGGCACGAAAAAGUGGAAUACGAUAACAUCGCCGAUACUUUAAGAAACUGCAAUGAACUUGCAUUUCCAAACAUUUUUGUUUCCCUUAAAAUAUUAGCAGUUAUACCUGUCACCACCUGUGAAUUUGAGCGUUCCGUCUCGGCUUUGCGUCGCAUGAAGACAUGGUUAAGGAGCACAAUGACGAAUGAGAGAUUGAAUGGGUUAGCCUUGAUGCAUAUAAAUGAUGACCUCGGUGUCAAUGUUGACGAAGUGAUCAAUUCUUUUGCAAGACAAAAUCCUACCCGAAUGCAGUUUUUGGACAUAUUUGAUGAUAAUGAAGAGAAGCAUACCUGA